CUCGAGUCUCUCUCUCUCUUUUCUUCUCUCUGUGUAGCAAUGGAGAGGGCGACACAGCCUCCACCAGUAGCUGAGGAGCUGACGCUAGACUACAUGAAGAUACAAGCACAGAGCUUACAGAAGGCCAUAUCUCGACUCCUCGAAGACUUCGACGCUUAUACCCACACCAAAACUACUCCCAAAUGGAAGGACAUUCUAGGGAAAUACAAGAUGAUAAAUCUUGAUCUCUUUAUCCUUGUGGAAGAAGUAAAACAAGUUUCCAAGGACUUCGAUGUGUUUCCUAAGAACGUUAACGCCGAGAACGCUGCAAUUUUACCGGUUAUGUUGGCUACCAAGCUACUCCCCGAGAUGGAAACUGAUAACAAAGUCAAGAUAGAUCAGUUGCUUCACGAGGUUCAGAGUUUGCCUAUACCUACGCAAAUCGAAACCCUAAAGGAGAGGAUUGGUAAGAUUGCAGAAGCUUGUGAAGAUGCAGUGAAAGUGUUGGCUGAUGCUCGUAAAGCUUAUGGACUUGCCCCCGACCGAGGAGGUCCUUCUAUGCCUCCUACUCCUAUGGAGAAAGCUCAAGCUGCAAAGAUUAAGGGGAAGGAGAGAAUGUUACGUGCUGCUGUAAAUGAUGGUGAAGGAAUAAGACUGCCUCCAGACCAAAGAGAGAUCACCACUGCACUUCCACCUCAUAUGGUGGAUGCGCUAUUCGUCAACAAUGCAGUGUUUAACAGCAGCGGAAUAAUGCAAACACAGCAGUCUCAAUCGCAGUCUCAGCAACCAGAACAACAACAAGGAGAUUAUGGGAAUAUGCAGGCCAAUCAGCAGAAUCUACAGCCGGACAUGUUGCAGAAUGCGCAACAAAGUCCUCAAUAAAAAAGUAAUCCCAUUUGUAUGACUUGGGCUCUUAAUGGACCUUAUUUUUUCCAACUGUAUGGUUAAAACGUUAGCAUAAUGGGUCUGGUCCAUUCUUACUAU